AUGGAGGAUUCUGGGGUUGAUUUUCCUGGUUUCCAAACUUGUAUUCACAAAGAUGAACUUGAGUACAGAAAGCCAUUGAGCCGCUUGCAAAGGCGAGCUCCCUGUCCUCUGCAGAUUAAGCCAACUGCCUUUGUUGAAAAACAUGGUGAACCUCAAGCAAAUGCAGAAUCCUCCUCCUCCUCCUCGUUGCCAUCACGACCAACCAUGGCAGCUCCUUCAUUUAAUUCAUUUUACCAUGGUAAAGAUCCUAUUCCUCUACUUUCUCCUCUUGUUUCGCCUUCUUUGUUACAGCCUGCCAACGUUCGAGAGCGGAAUCCUGCAAAAUGGCGCUGA